UCCAUCUCUGUAAACGAAACGGUAAAUGUUUGCUGGCAAACCCGAGCAGAGCACAGUUGCAUUUUGGCGCUCGUCCCAAACGAUUCACAUUCGCAGCGUCGUCAUCCGCCAUCCGCCACAAAAUCCGCACAAACUCAGGCAGGCCGUCGCGCACGCGCUCAUCGAAAACGAAACGACAGCAGAAGUAGACGAACAACCGUUAAUAUUGAGCAGCCGCAGGGCGCCCAACAGUUAGUUGGGGCCAUUAUAUAAUCGAGAGUGGAGUGGAGACCAGCUUCUGGUUCCAGCUGCCACUUCCCCUUUCUACUUCUGCUUCAGCUUCUGCUUCGCGCAAUUUGGCGAUGCGGACGACGCCCAGCUCGAGCUUGCGAACUACUAAUUAAUGCGCAGUCGUGAAGAGAAAAGCCAAAACGGAGCUGGGAAACCUCUUAAAUUAUUAUAUUUAAGCUAUUAAAAAGGUCUGGGCCAAGCCGUGAGUGCGGACUUAUAAAGAAGCCAGUCGAAGUCAACCUCUCGUGGCACCCCCUGAACCUGAACCCGCCACCCUCAGCUCUGCUCUGCUCUGCUCCGCUCAGCUCAUUUGACUGCGAGCGUGAAAGUGAAAAGCAUCUGGACAGUCGACAGUCGACACCAGCAUCAUCAGGAUACAGAAAGACUCAAGACAAAGACAAAGACAUCUGGCUGCUGCUGAGGGUCAGUCAUGCGGACGAUGAGCAGCUGAGGCAGCUGCCCCGAGGAGCAGGCAGCGACCGACCAAGAUGAAGCAAUCACAGCAAUCGUCACCGCCUCGAACGCUGGCGAACGCCCUGGCCCUGGCCUUGCUGCUGCUGCUGCUGCUGUUCCCCAGCAGCUCCCGGCAGUUCGAGACAGACUGCGGCUGUCGUCCGUCGUCGCGGCGAGGACCUCGGAUCAUUUCUGGUGCGACGACGAACGAAGGCCAGUUUCCCUGGCAGGCAUCGCUGGAGCUACUGCAUCCGUCCCUGGGCUUCCUGGGUCACUGGUGCGGAGCCGUUCUCAUCCAUCAGUACUGGAUACUGUCUGCCGCCCACUGUGUGCACAACGAUCUCUUUAACCUUCCCAUUCCUCCGCUGUGGACCGUGGUUCUGGGCGAGCACGAUCGGGAUGUGGAGUCGGGCAAUGAGCAGCGCAUACCCGUCGAGAAGAUUGUGAUGCAUCAUCGCUAUCACAACUUUCGGCACGACGUGGUGCUCAUGAAACUCUCCAAGCCGGCAGAUCUCGCUCGGGCCUCCAACAUUCGACGCAUUUGUCUGCCCUUCAUGCUGACCGAGUCGCAGGAUGAUUCGGCUCUGACCGCCGCAGCCGCAACGUCAGAGGAUGUGCUUAGCCAGCAGCUGGAGCUGGAGGAUGUGCCCGAGAAGAUAGAUAACUUUCUGCGCAGCGUCCAGAGUCGACGGCGCUACCGGAAUGUGACUUCGCCCAGCAUGAGGGAGCUCAUGAACAUGAAGAUCCUAAGUCGGAUGCGCCAGGCUCUUGCACAGCGCUCCUCCCCGCGCAGCCUGAAGCGCACGCGACGGCGCAACGACAAGCUGAUGAAGCUGGACCCAAGGCCUAUGGGAGACUCUGUUGAACAGAAAUAUCUCAAGCCGAACGGCGGGGACGGCGACCCGCGCGAGAUGGCCUUCGUUGACUGUGUGGCCACCGGCUGGGGCAAGGCCAACAUCAGUGGUGAUUUGUCCAGCCAGCUGCUGAAGACGCAAGUUCCUUUACACCAGAAUGGCAGGUGCAAAGAUGCCUACGGCAGCUUUGUUAACAUCCAUGGCGGCCAUCUGUGCGCCGGCAAGCUGAACGGUGAGGGUGGUACUUGUGUUGGCGACUCCGGUGGACCGCUGCAGUGUCGCCUCAGCCACAAUGGACCCUGGAUAUUGGUCGGGGUCACCUCUUUUGGGUCGGGCUGUGCCCUGGAGGGCUUCCCGGAUGUUUACACUCGCACAUCGUUCUACAUGAAGUGGAUAGAAGACACAAUUGCCUCUCAUUAACCGAUCAAAAGGA